GGAAAUAGAAGCUUGCAGUUGUGCAGUGAACAGGCACUUCUUUCCAGAGGGCAGGGAGCAAUGCUUAGUCCACUGACGGGCAAGCCAGCAGACGGACGCCAAAUCAGGACACACUUCCACGGCACCAGCACAGGCUUGACCACCACUGGUCUUCUGAAGCCUGCAUCUACCCGCCCGCGUGUGACUGCUCCUGAAUGCACAUUCAAGCUCCUUGACUGCUGCCAGUGAAGAGCUGCAGAUGCACUCAACCACAGGCUUACUCUGCAAUCCUGCAUCUGUCUCAACACCAAAGCUGUACCUGCGGGAAGAGGAUACACAUGUUUUAUUGACAGAACCACAGGUGGUUUGAUCUUGAACUACUGGUGGACUUGAAUUUUUUUUUUUUUCUCUUUGGGGGGAACUGCUGCGUCUUUGGAGCCAGUAUGCUGUCUAUUGUUGUGGCAUGUGUGGUAUUUAUCCUGCUGGGCUCAGGGGAGGCACAGGAUGCCGCACAAUCUCAGGAGCAGAGCCAGAGUCAGGUUCAAGAACAGGAUAGCUCUGCCACCCCAUGGAGGCAGGUAAUACAGUGGGAAAACAAUGGGCAGGUGUUUAGCUUGCUGAAUAGUGGAGCUGAAUAUGUUCCGGCCGGAGCUGGGGCCCAGGAAAGAGGUCCCAGGGUGGUAGUGGCUGAUACUCGUCCACGCUCUUCACAAAGACCUCAGGGAGGAAAUGUCCGCCGACAGGCUCCAUCAAGGGGAUAUUCAGAGACUGUUCGCGGGCGGGCCAGGCAUCCUUUCGGGUUUGGGCAAGUGCCUGAUAACUGGAGACAAACCACAAGCAACGGAGGUGCUACCCGGUUUCAGGGAUCCUCAAGUAGUCGCCUCCGUCCAUCUACGGGAUCUUCAUCAUCAUCAUCAUCUUCAUCAUUUUCCUCAUCUUCUUAUAAUGUACAAGCUUACCCACAGUACCAGUUUCCGCAACAACCCCCAAUCCAACCUUUUGACCCCAAUUUUGCAGACGGACCAGCCAGGAGCUUUGAACCACCUUUUCAGCCGGUAGGAGGUGGAGUGUUUGGUGGUGCAGGGUAUGGGACUGGACAGGGCUAUACUGGAGGUGUACAUGGAGUGGGUUCGGGCCCAGUGCUUCCAGGCUCCCCAUCUGACUUUGCUGAAAAUGGCUACUAUUACUAUCAGUCUUUAGGUUACGGACCCAACCCCGCGGCCCCUCCACGUGCCGCCCAGCCACCCUUCGCAGAUGGUCUGGACCGCAGAUACACCCACAGCCUCUACAAUGAGGAUUCUGCUCCCGCCAUUCCUGUCCCCGAUGCCAACCAGGGCCUUCCCAUUGUAGUGGACAGACCAGGAGCUGUCGGUCAACCACAAAUCAGGAGUCCCCAGUAUGAGCAGUUUCCUCCAUUUGGAAGACCCCAAUCUCCAUUCGUGCAGCCAGUUCCUCAAGGCAGAAAUUCUCCAAACUCUGCCCUUGAGAAUCCCAGCACAAAUGUCGGAAGUGUGUUCCGGCGACAACAAAGAGGUUUGCCUGACCUGGUUCCUGACCCAAACUAUGUCCAGGCAUCCACAUACAUCCAGCGAGUCCACAUGUACUCUCUUCGUUGUGCUGCUGAGGAAAAAUGCCUCUCAAGCUCUGCCUACAGCGCUGACGCCAGUGACUAUGAUGUAAGGGUCCUGCUACGAUUCCCACAGAGAGUGAAGAAUCGGGGCACGGCAGAUUUCAUGCCUAACAGGCCGCGUCAUACCUGGGAAUGGCACAGCUGUCAUCAGCAUUACCACAGUAUGGAUGAGUUCAGUCAUUAUGAUUUACUGGAGGUCAGCACUGGCCGUAAAGUGGCAGAGGGACACAAGGCCAGCUUCUGUCUGGAGGACACCACCUGUGAUUUUGGUCACCUGAAGCGUUAUGCCUGCACCUCUCACACUCAGGGUCUAAGCCCGGGCUGUUACGACACGUACAAUGCUGAUAUCGACUGCCAGUGGAUCGAUAUCACUGACAUCAAACCGGGAAACUACAUACUAAAGCUCCAGGUUAACCCCAAGUUCUUGGUGCUGGAGUCAGACUUUACCAACAAUGUGGUCAGGUGUAAUGUUCACUACACAGGACGCGCUGUUACUACAAACAACUGCAAGAUAGCACAGUCUUGAUCUGGCACUGGAAGACUGCCACAUUCGAGUGACCCUGAUCGCUAUUCCAAUGAAAUGUGAAUGGAAUCCAUUUGUUGUUGGUUCAUUGUUAGUGUUGUUUGUCUCUACUUUUUUGUGCUGUUUUGGGAUUCUGGACUUAAAACUAACAAGAGUUCAGCUGACAGUUAUGUUGGUUUAAAGUAAACAUGCACACAUUUAAACAGUUUCAUAAUGCGUUGUGCAUGGCAUAAUCGCAAAAGGAACUCUUAUGCCCUGCAUUUUAGGUUGCAUUAUUCUCCCAUAUUUCUCAUGUUCCAGCUCAACUAGUCUGAUUUAGUUUCCAGUGCGCAUCACUGACCUUUCAAAGAGAUGUUUACUGUAUGUCCAUACAGAUGAAUCUGAGUUCAGCUGUAAAGUAACAAGUAAAAUUAGGGAGAAAAUCCUGCUUUCACCCGUGCUGUGUGGGAACAGAUAGAUAUGCCCAGUGACUCAGAAGAACGAUAAUGUGUCCAUUUAUGUUUCUCUUUGUCUCUCUUUACCACCUCGGCGGGUCAGGCUAGGAUACUGUCAUUCUCUGGGCACAUCAGGUUUAAUUUUCUGUUAACAGCAAGUCGAACACAGCAGGUUAUUUUUGCAUUUGUCAAUAUCAAAUUAGUAAGUCACCAAAAAAGACAGACGUUCAGUACUUGCAUUGUGUCCCCCUUCUUUCCUUCUUAUUUCAGUAUAACAGGAACAGGAAACUCAACUGGCAGAAAACUGUGCUUUCGAGAAGACAAGACUCACAGUAUUUACAGCAUCUUGCAGUCUCUUGUUCAGCUAACAACACUGGUCAGAUAGCACAUAUGUCAUCUAUGCUUUUUAAAGAAUGUUUAUACAAAUAUUCCACUGAUGCAUGACUUUAUCUAUUUCUCUUAUUUUAUUUGUGAAAUUCAAUCAUUUUAUGCCUUUUUCUUGAUAAUCUGAAUUAUUCCAAUGAUAUAGUGUGGGGAAAACAGCACUGCACAGGCUUUGUUUUUAAAUUCAGAGUGUCAGACAGCAGUCUCUUCUACCUCUCCACUUAAGUUAAAUGCAGUUUCCAAAAUAUUUCCCUGCGAUAGUUUACCUUCUAAAAAUGGAAAGAAAUGUAUAUUAGUUUGAAUCUGUACAAGUUUAAUCCUGGUUGAUUUGGUAGCACCUGCUGUGUGCUGGUACUGCAAGUUCAGAGGGGAAAUGAGCAGCACUACUUGAACAUACUUUUGCAGAAAUACUGUACAAUACAGGAGCAAGUGGUAGAUCUGUUUACAGCAAUCUGAAGUCACGCUGCACUCGAGGGGUUGCCACGCUAUGGCUAAUCCAUUACCAUCUGCAAAAUUCAAAUUUAAAAAUGAUCUCUACCAAAUAAAAAGAAGAAUGACAAUUGUCUUGUUUUACAGGUGCGUGAUUGUAGUUAUCCAUAACCGUAGACUUUUAAAAAAAAGAAACUUGUAUUUCCUAUGUGCUUUGCAUUAUGUUUUGUCAAUGGAGCACUGCUAGUUUAAAGCAGCAACAUCAAGACUGUUCUGUCUUCAGGCAGUUACUCUGUGUAUAGAAAGAGCAAAGCCGAUGGUUAGGAUGCUAGCAGUGAGAUAUGAUUGCAGACGAUAAAGCUGGAUUGCAUACAUGCUUUGUUGCCAUACACUGUAAAUGUUACAGAAAUACAGUUAUUUGAUCAACUAAUUUGUUUGCUCCGAUUUGUAAAGAGAAAAGGAGGAUGAAAAUGCAGCUGGUUCUGAAUAAGAGCACUAAAACUUCGCUUGACCACGGGGCAAUGGUUUUACAAACACAGUUUCAUCACACACUUGACACAGCAAACCCUGCACUGCCAUCGGCUGUAUUCUUAAUCUGAACCGUAGUGUACAGAAUAAAAUAAAUGCCACACAAUGAAUACAACUUGAAGCCAGGGGUGUAGGCACUGAAUGCAUUGGUUUCAUUUUACAGAGCUUCGAAGUGGGUCUAUCUUCUCUAUGCAGGUUGUUAUAGUUUACCUUAUAUUCAUGUGGAGACUAUUUCAGGUAACCAUGUAAAAGCACCCCACAACUAACAAGCAGUGAUUAUACAGGAAGCUCUAUUUGCCAAGUUAAGACAGGUGCACCAUCAUUUUGAGCGUUCACGACUCUUUGCACCAGUGUUUCAUGCACAGUACCAUUUCAGCAUAAUUUUUGAGCAUGCAGAGUAUCUCAACUGGGUAGAAGUUAGCUAACAUCUUAAAUAAGACCCUUAGAACAUGUGUUUCUAUUGUAGGACUGUAACCACAGUAACACAGAUAAUUGUGGUUAGUGAAUUUUCAAACACCUUCAUUAACUUUCCCCACAACAAAAAUCCCAUUUCCUUUCAGUUUUUUCCAUUACUCAAACCGCUGUUUCACUUUUUUUUUUUCAACUCGGGUCAAAAGGCAAUCUCGAAAUGUCCUCUUGUAUUCAAGGUUGUCAUUCAUAUAGAUGCUAUCGCCACCUGCUGUCACAGCAGGGCUAUUUCAGCCUUGAGUAAGUGUCUGUUCUCCUUUCCUGAUGGAAAAUAUUGAUCAAAUAUACUAUGAAGAUGUUUGUGUGGUCAAGGCUUAAAAAAGAGCAAAGCAGCUUAAAAAAAAAGUUUAGAUGAAAAUCAAUUUAACCAUAAGAUUGAACAAAUCCUUUAAUAAAAGAUGGCUACGAAAAAAAGAGAGAAGGUCAUACAAAUUUAGGAAAGUCAGUUUGAGUGAUAAGGGACAGAGAUAGAAGACAGAUCUCUGCUGUCUUGUAGUUGUAGCAGGUUGUACAUUAGCAACCUCCAGUUACCUCAGAGUUAGGAUAUUUUGCAUUAAGAGGUCAAAGACACAAAUUCACAUAUUUGUCCUUAUUAAAAGUAUAACAGAAAAAGCAAAGGCUCUGAGGGAAAAGAUAAAUAACUUUUUGGAAAACAGGUGAAGAACUGUGAGGUGGCCCUAGUAAGUUACUAACGUUAGCUUAUGAUUGCUUUUAAGGUUCUGUCAUGUUUGCCUUUAAAUAUAAAAAAACAAGAAAUUUCUUUAUGUGUAGACUAGUAAAUGGAGGCCAAAAAUCAACCCGAUUCCAAACAAGUACUGAGCUGGCUAUACAUCAUGUUACGCACAUUCUAGCAAAGCUAUAUUUUACUUUGACUGAGACAUUGGCACCGAAGAAGCAGCUUAAAUAAAGGGAAAACUCUUGAAUUAGUAAAGAAGACUUAAUGGCAUACAGUUCCCAUCAAUGUCAAACUGGAUACCACGCAGCCCCUGCUCAUCCACUCGUGUCCUGACAGGCUGCCAUGGAUGGAGACAAUGAUACAGCUGCAAAAAUGAAACUGCUAUCAGCUAUCAGUCUCAUGCAAUUCAGGCUUCCACAUCCCAUUUGGGACCCCAUCAAAUUUCUGGGUAGAUUAUUCUCCUGUCCAAAUUGAGCGUCACAAAUGACUGUGUUUUUGACACAGAUAUGUUUGGUGAGUCCUUCACCACAGCAUGAACUGCCGUGAUAGUCUGAACAUUAGACCCCCUGUUCAAACAAGAAAUAGCCUUAAGCAGUUAUGAAUGCAUACAUUUCAACUCCUACUUAAAUUUGACAAAAGCAAGGAAACCAAACCAAACUCUUAAUUUAACCAAACAGCCGUUUAAAUCCAUAAAGUCAACAACCAUGCUCUGGGAUUUGGAGUGGCCUGAGCAACCGUCAGUAUGUAAUAGCUUUCAUACUAAAAUACUUUGGAUGUGGAAGACUUAAGCAUGUUACAUAAAUAUUCUGUUACUUGGAACGACAGCACAGAAGUCUUUUACAGUUUUGCAGACUCUUAUAAAAAUACAUUUACAUAUUUGUCUGCCAAAUGGAAUAUAACAAUCUGUGCCUGACAUAUUUUACUAGGCAGUCUUUGAGUCUGCAUCUGUACAGGAUGUGUAUUGAGCGAGUUGAUCCAAAAUAAAUGUUGUUUGACAGCUGUGACAUGUCACUGGAAUAAUUCCCAUCACAAAAGAUUAGGUGUGAUAUGUUUAAAGCACUAAGGCUUUUCUCUGAUCGCUAUGACGUUCAGCAUAUUUCAGGUUUGGAUGCAAAUCUGACCUUUGUAAAUGGGAAAAGAAUAAAAAAAGAGCUUGAG